GCCCUAGAAACUACUCAUGUUUAUUAUGCCUUCACCUUUUUGCUUCUGAUUCUAAGGAUAUUUCACUUCUCCUACUUUAAGAAUUCUCUACCAUGCGUCAUGUACGUGUUAUCAGAAUUCUCCACACAACCUUUGGAAUUUUCGGAAAUGUUUUUGGUAUAUUACUCUUCUUGGCACCUAUGAUUACAUUCAAAAGGAUUAUCACGAAGAGAUCAACAGAAAAAUUUUCAGGGGUACCAUAUCUAAUGAGUCUGUUCAACUGCUUGUUCUCAACUUGGUACGGUCUGCCUUUCGUGUCACCAGACAACACAUUGUUAACAGUACUGGCAUCCAUAGGUGGUGUUUUGGAAGCAAUUUAUGUGUUGAUUUUCCUUAUAUUUGCACCCAAAAGAGAGAAGUUUAAGAUCUCUGGAAUUCUCUUUUUGGUCCUUUCUAUCUUCUCAAUUGUGGCUUUUGUCUCCGUGUUAACACUCCAUGGAGAUAAAAGGAAGCUUCUUUGUGGCUUGGCUUUUGCCAUUACUUGUAUUAUGAUGUUUGGCGCUCCUCUUACUGUAAUGAGACUGGUGAUCAAAUCUAGAAGUGUGGAGUAUAUGCCUUUCUUCUUGUCACUGUCUAUUUUCAACUCUAGCACUUCAUGGGCAAUCUAUGGCUUGCUUGGGAAGGACCUUUUCAUCAUUUAUUGUUUUGAUAGGUACCAAAUGCAAUCGGAUCUUUAUUAGCAUGUGUGCAACUAAUUUUAUACGCAAUCUAUCGCGAUAGCAAGAAGAAAUUAGACAUCGAAAUGAAGGGUUCAACUGAAACAAGGCUGGGAAAACCCCAAAAAGAGAUGCAGAAAAAUGUGGAAGCAAGUCAGCUGGAUUGCGGAGUAUAGAAAAUGUGUAGUGCAGUGAUUAGAUUCAUUGUUCGCAGUUAAUUUGUGAAGUGUUUGGUGUAAUUGCAAUUAAGAGAAUUUAAUUA